GGGGGAAAACAGCAACGGCGGACGGUGGAACUGGGCAGGAUCAAAGGUGGGCUGCCUAGCAAGUGGCGGCUGCCCUCCGAUCAAAAACCGGCACCGCAACUGCUUCACCACGGGCCAAUCUCCUCGCUCAAGGUUACAGCAGCUGGGAGAAGUUCUUCUUGAGGUAAUUAAUUCAUUUUCGCCUUCAUAUUUCAAGAACCAUUUUCACAACAAAAUUUUGAUGGUAUUAUGUUUCUGGUGCAUAUGUAGGGAAGUGGAAGAUGAAGAGAAGCCGGCGAGCCAAUACAAGUCGUAGAAGAGGCAGGGGCUGGUGGAUGCUGUGGAAGAUUAGUGGGGUGACUUGCAAGGUUAUGCUGUGGCUGCUAGGUCCUUCAAAAUCUCCAAUCCUCUGUACUUCAUCCCUUAAUCAGUUCCAUCCACAACAUGCUAGGAUUUUCAGUUAACUGAUCAAACUAAUUGGAUCCAUCCAUUGUGAAUUCGAUCAUUACUUUCUUGAAUGAUUAACAGAUUGAUAGCUUACAAGACUGAUAAUUUGGUGUUGAAUGUUUGCAGGAGCUACUACAGAUGUACUCACAAGUUCGAGCAAGGUUGCAAGGCGACCAAGCAAGUUCGGCAGCUUGAACAGGAAAAGGAGAUGUACUCCAUAAUUUACCUCGGCAAUCACACUUGUAGAAAAAAUGAUGCUCUGACGGCAGCAACACUUCCACCGGUUGUCGCCCUGGCUAGCACCUACGCGGCGACCGCGGUGGAGGCAGAUGCGAUUGAGAACGAGCUGUUUGCAACGAUGAGUGUGAAGCAAGAGGUUUCCAAUAAUGAAGAGAGCCCAAGUCAACCGCUUCACUGCGGGCCUACUCGUGGAAGACGCGGUGCUGGUUUUUAAUCGGAGGUUUCUGCGAGGAGGGCAGCCGUCGCUUGCUAGGCAAUCCGCCUUUGAUCCUGCCCAGUUCCACCGCUCGCCGGUGUUGUUUUCCCCCGAUUCCCUUGUUUUCCUUUGUUCUUAACAUUCAUAAUUUUAUUUUUAAUAGUUAGAAAUGAGAUGGAAAUUUAAAAAAUUUAAUUUUAUUAUUUUAAAAUUGCCACGUCAUACAUUUAACGGUCACUUUUAGAGUUGACCGCCAAGUCAGCAAAAGAUAACGGAAUUGGCGGAGAGUGACCAAACGUGAACAGUUUCAGUAAACUGAAGUACCAUCAAUGGAUUUAAAUAUUUCGAGUGACCAAACUUAAACGUUUUUUGUAAUCUCAGUGACCAACCAUGCAAUUAACCCCUUAUAAAUAUGAUAUAAGUUC